AGACGGCCAUUUUUACCCCCAUUGAUUGCUGUUUGUGGCCGCAGUACAGCAGAAAGAAAGUAUCUGCGAUUACUUUGAUAACAAGUUUUUAGCCGCACGGUUUUGGCUUCGACGUCUACCUGGAGUUUGGCUGAAACGCGAAUAAUGUUCCUCCACACCGCCGCAAAGAGCUGCUGUUGACAUCGGAGCCCGGGUAGAUGUCCGCUUAGCUGUCGCCCAAAUGGAAAUGGUGCCCAGCGAAGAGAACCAGCUUGUACCCAAAGAGAUAGAGAGUGCUGCUGAGGAGCCCAGAGUGCUGUGUAUAGUCCAGGACACCACCAACGCCAAGACGGUCAAUGAGAGAUUGACCCUCAACCUCCCGGCUUCCACUUCCCUCUCCAAGCUCUAUGAAGAUGUCGCUCAGAAGGCUGGCUAUGUGAAUGGCACCUUUGAACUGGCAUGGGGCAACAUAUCGGAUGUGGCUCCUCUGGACCAGGCCAGUGAGAUGUCUCUGGUAGAGUCUGGGUUUGAGCCAGGGAAGCGGAACUUCCUGCAACUCUCAGACAAGGACGGAGAGCAGCCUCAGAUAGCUUCUGAUGAGUCGGGCACAGCAGACAGCAGUGGGCUGGAUGACAGCUCUCAAGACCGCUUCAUUGGGCCCUUGCCCCGGGAUGGCACAGUGGGCUGCAGCAGUGAUUACAGCAGCCCCAGCUACUCCUACUCCUCCAUACUGAACAAGUCAGAGACAGGAUAUGUGGGUUUGGUCAACCAGGCCAUGACCUGUUACCUGAACAGUUUACUUCAGACCCUGUUCAUGACGCCAGAGUUCAGAAAUGCACUCUAUAAUUGGGAGUUUGAGGAGUCAGAGGAAGACCCAGUCACGAGUAUUCCUUACCAGCUGCAGAGGCUCUUUGUGCUGCUGCAGACCAGCAAGAAGCGUGCUAUUGAGACCACGGAUGUGACACGCAGCUUUGGCUGGGACAGCAGUGAAGCAUGGCAGCAGCAUGAUGUCCAGGAACUCUGUCGGGUCAUGUUUGACGCCUUGGAGCAGAAGUGGAAACAGACGGAACAGGCUGACCUUAUAAACCAGCUAUACCAGGGCAAGCUGAAGGACUACGUGCGUUGUCUGGAGUGCGGCUAUGAGAGCUGGAGGAUUGACACUUACCUGGACAUCCCUCUGGUCAUCAGGCCCUUUGGAGCAAGCCAGGCUUUUGGGAGUGUGGAGGAGGCAUUGCAGGCUUUCAUCCAGCCUGAGACGCUGGAUGGACCCAACCAGUACUUCUGUGAGCGCUGCAAGAAGAAAUGUGAUGCCCGCAAGGGCCUGAGAUUCCUGCACUUUCCUUAUCUGCUGACCCUGCAGCUGAAACGUUUUGACUUUGACUACACCACUAUGCACCGCAUCAAGCUAAAUGACCGCAUGACCUUCCCUGAGGAGCUUGACAUGAGCCCCUUCAUUGACCUAGAGGAUGAGAAGUCCCCUCAGACAGAAAGCUGUACUGACAGUGGGGCGGAGAACGAGGGCAGUUGCCACAGCGACCAGAUGAGCAACGACUUCUCCACAGAUGAUGGCGUGGAUGAAGGCAUCUGCCUGGACAGCACAAGCGCCACUGAGAGGGUCCUGAAGCCAAAGACCUCACUGACCUUUGAACUUUUCUCGGUAAUGGUUCAUUCUGGGAGCGCUGCGGGUGGACAUUAUUAUGCCUGCAUCAAGUCCUUCAGCGAUGGCCAGUGGUACAGUUUCAACGACCAGCAUGUCAGCAAGAUCACACAGGAUGACAUCAGAAAGACAUACGGCGGGUCCUCAGGGAGCAGAGGCUAUUACUCCAGUGCCUUUGCCAGCUCCACAAAUGCAUAUAUGCUAAUAUACAGAUUGAAAGAUCCGUCAAGGAAUGCAAAGUACCUCGAUGUAGAAGACUUCCCAGAGCACAUAAAACGCCUCGUUCAGAGAGAGAAAGAGUCCGAGGAGCAGGAGAAGAGGCAGAGAGAGAUUGAGCGCAACACGUGCAAGAUCAAGCUUUUCUGCAUGCAUCCUUUCAAGAUGAUGAUGAUGGAAAACAAGCUGGAGGUUCACAAGGACAAAACACUCAGAGAGGCUACAGAAAUGGCAUACAAGUUGAUGGAUAUUGAAGGAACAGUUCCUCUAAACUGCUGUCGGCUGGUGAAGUAUGAUGAAUUCCAUGAGUAUCUGGAGCGUUCGUACGAGGGGGAGGAGGACAUGCCCAUGGGCCUGCUCCUUGGUGGGGUCAAAUCUUCCUACAUGUUUGACUUGUUGCUGGAGACCCGAAGACCUGACCAAGCCUUCCAGCCCUACAAACCUGGAGAGGUGAUGGUGAAGGUCCAUGUUGUGGAUUUGAAAAGCGAGACCAUUGCAGCUCCUGUCAGUGUCAGGGCGUACCUGAACCAGACUAUUACAGAGUUUAAGCAACUCAUUGCACAGGCCACUGGGCUGUCUGCAGAACCUAUGCGUGUUGUCCUGGAGCGCUGCUAUAAUGACCUUCGGCUUCUCUACGUGCCCAACAAGACACUGAAAGCAGAGGGUUUUUUCAGGAGUAACAAGGUUUUUGUGGAGAGCUCAGACUCACCAGAUCACCAAGUCACUUUCACCGAUUCCCUCUUGUGGAAGCUUCUGGAUCGCCAUGGGAACACGAUCAGACUGUUUGUUUCACUCCCAGAGCAGUCGCCAGGUUCUCUGGCCCAUAGAACUAGUUGCCCUAAAGUGAGCGGUGACUCUGAGGACUCAUUUGAGGGGGCUAAAGGUAGUGGCCAGUCUGUGGAGGCCAUUCUGGAAGAGAGCACAGAGAAGCUCAAAAAUCUGUCGCUUCAGCAACAACAACAACAACAACAACAACAACAACAACAACAACAACAGCAGCAGCAGCAGCAGCAGCAGCAGCAGCAGCAGGCCUCCACCACUAGUGACAGCCAGGAAAGUUCAGACCACAGCGACUUUGAGCACAUCGAAUCCCCGGCAGCUGAGCCUGAUGGUGCUACCCAGCCAGCAGCUCAAGUGACCAGCGGAGGCAGCACUGGAGGAACUGCAUCUGACCCAGAAAAUCAGUUUCCUUCAGAAGAGCGUUCUGACUCGGACGUGAACAAUGACCGCAGCACCAGCUCAGUGGACUCGGACAUCCUGAGCUCCAGCCACAGCAGCGACACUCUGUGCAAUGCUGACAGUGGCCCACUUCCGCUGGCCAAUGGCCUUGACUCGCAUAGCAUCACCAGCAGCCGUCGCUCCAAAGCCCAUGAGGGCAAGAAGGAGACGUGGGAUACAGCGGAGGAGGAUUCAGGUACAGACAGCGAGUAUGAUGAGAAUGGCAAGAGCAAAGGAGAAGCGCAGUACCUGUACUUCAGAGCGGAGCCCUACUCACAAGACGAUGCUAUGGGGGAUAACCAGAAAUGCUUACUUGUCAAUGUUGAUAAGAGGAUCACACUGGCUGCGUUCAAACAGAACCUGGAGCCGUUCGUUGGAGUCACAUCUACCCAGUUCAAGGUUUUCCGGGUCUACGCCAACAACCAGGAGUUUGAGAGUGUGCGACUGAACGAGACACUUUCCUCUUUUUCAGAUGACAACAAGAUCACCAUUCGGUUAGGAAGAGCACUGAAGAAAGGGGAGUACAGGGUGAAAGUGUACCAGCUGCUAGUCAAUGAUCCUGAGCCCUGUAAGUUCCUGUUGGACACUGUGUUUGCUAAGGGCAUGACAGUGAGGCAGUCGAAGGAGGAGUUAUUGCCCCAGCUCAGAGACCAGUGCAAGCUGGACCUCAGCAUAGACAGGUUCCGACUCAGGAAGAAGACCUGGAAAAACCCAGGUACUGUGUUUCUUGACUAUCACGUCUAUGAAGAGGACAUCAAUAUCUCCAGUAACUGGGAGGUCUUCCUUGAAGUUCUUGAAGAACCGGAGAGGAUGAAGUCCAUGUCCCAGCUGGCUGUGCUCACACGGCGCUGGUGUCCAGCCCAAAUGAAGCUGGAGCCUUUUCGCGAGGUGGUUCUGGAGAGCAGCAGUGUAGAGGAGCUUAAGGAAAAGCUCAGUGAAAUGAGUGGAAUUCCUCUUGAAAACUUGGAGUUUGCCAAGGGAAGAGGAACAUUUCCUUGUGACAUAUCUGUGUUGGAGAUUCAUCAGGAUUUGGACUGGAAUCCUAAAGUUUCCACGCUCAAUGUCUGGCCUCUUUACAUCUGCGAUGAUGGUGCAGUGGUCUUCUAUAGGGACAGCACUGAAGAGCCCAUGGAGCUCUCUGAGGAGGAGCGCAAUGAACUGAUGAAGAAAGAGAGCAGCCGACUGCUGAAGACUGGCCACCGCGUCAGCUAUUCACCCCGCAAAGAGAAAGCCCUCAAGAUCUAUCUAGAUGGAGGGCCUACCAAAGACUCGGGCCAGGACUGAAGGUGGCCCAAACCACCCUGAUAAUUUUUUUUUUAAAUAGCUGGCCUGCCCGCUGCAGUGUAGCGCUGCCUCGCCAGGGACCCUCGUUUGGCGUCGAGGCCCACAUCGAAUCCAACGUCACCAGUGCUGUACGGCUGACGCCCUCUUCUCUGAGCUCCACAGGGGCAUCGCGAGGCUCAGAUUACUAUUGUGCACUAUAGUUUAUUGUACUGUAAAGUUUAAAGGGAAGUGCAAAAGCUGUUUCAAAAGAAAAAAAUCCAGUACCAUUCAGACAAAUCAACCUAACAAGAUCUUACAGAGAUGGACGCACUUAUGGAAUAGAGUAGAGGACUCUAUUUGGGAUUUGUAUCUCUUUCUCUGGGCUGUCUCUAUCCUCACUGCUCUCCAUAGUUUUUCUCUGCUGUUUUUUUUUCCUCUCUUUCUUUUAUUGUCCAUCUCCAUCACUUACUCUUUGAUUAUGAGUAGUGUUGAGUCCACCAAGUUAUGUACACAUGUCCACAAUCCAAGUUCUGCUCAGAAUGCGACAAACUCCUGAUCUCCAAUAGCGACCAUAAGGUUGAAGCCAGACACAGUCCAGUCAUCUUCCACGUUUUUCCGAGGUCCUCCACUGAAUCCGGGUGUAGUCUUAUCGUUCACAUUUAAAACCACCGGGAGUCUUUCCUCUUAUUGAUUUAAUGAAAAGUAAUAUGUGUGAAUUAAACGCUUCUCUUCUGGCUGAUGAGGCUCCGCCCUGGCCUUUUCCCAGAGUGCUUCCCUGCAUGUGCAGGUGUGACAGUGGCUGUCCCUCUGUGCCACCCCACUAACUGCUGAAGCUCCACCCACUGUGGAGGGGGCUCAACCCUGCUUCCUUCAUAACUCCUCCUCAUGGGGCUACUGACACUGGUACAUUUUAGUCUGCAAGCCUAUAAUUCUAGGGCGAUACCAAUUAACUACAAUGCUUCAUUUAUUGUUUACCCUGUUUUUUUUUUUUUGUUUUUUUUUCCCCCCCUUUGUAAAUUAUUUUCACCUCAGACUUGAUCACAUUAGGUCUUGUGAGUGACUUCUGGCACACAUUUUAAUAAUUUUUUUUGGUCUGUACUUGGCCUUUUUUCUGUUUUUAUUUCUGCACAAUGUGAACGGAGCCUGUGUGGGUUCGGGCCUGGUCUGUAUGUAUGUGUGUGCGCUUGCGCGCGCGCGUGUGUGUGUGUGUGUGUGUGUGUGUGUGUGUGUGUGUGUGUGGAGAGAGAUGAUACUGCUGUUUUGCGGAGGCUCUAGAGCUACACUGGAGGAGCAGCAGUCACCGCUGUGCCGGGCCGAACCCCCUGGGUCCCCAGGGCUCCUAACGCUGCCACAAGCUGUUCACAGUAGACAUGCCAAUAUGGAAAUAAAAAAUAAUCAGUU